UUUGAUUGGUACUUUAAGUGUCAGUGCUUUCUUUACUGCAGGUGGCUGAAAUCUCAAGCCAAGAAAGAUGGAGUUGAUGUUGAAAUGACAAAAUAUGAUGGUGAAUGGUCAUUUGAGGAGCCAAUAACCAAGUUAUUCAUUGGAGAUGUAGGACUUAUUCUCAAAUCCAAGGCAAGGCACCAUGCGAUUUCUUCCAUGCUGAAAAAACCAUUUGAGUUCAAGGACAAGCCAUUUGUAGUCCAGUAUGAAGUGAAAUUUCAGCAGGCAAUGGAAUGUGGUGGUGCUUAUGUGAAACUUCUUUCUCAUCAAGAUUCUCUUGACCUGAAAUCUUUCCAUGAUAAGAGUCCUUAUACCAUUGUGUUUGGGCCUGACAAAUGUGGUGAAGACAAAAAGCUUCACUUCAUUUUUAGACACAAGAACCCAAAGACCGGUGAAUACGAGGAGAAACAUGCAAAGAAGCCAAUUGGCAAUUUCCAGAGUGUAUUUGAUGGAAAAAAGACUCAUUUAUUCAGUUUGGUAGUCAGACCUGAUAAUUCAUUUGAGGUAUUUGUGGACCAAGAGAGUGUCAAUUCGGGCAACCUGUUGGAAGAUUUCACUCCGGCUGUCAACCCCCCUAAGGAGAUUGAUGACCCACAUGAUGAAAAACCAGAGGGCUGGGAUGAGAGAGAAAAGAUUCCCGACCCUGAUGCAGAGAAGCCUGAAGACUGGGAUGAGGACGCUCCUGCUAAAAUUCCUGACCCUAAUGCAAAGAAACCUGAAGACUGGUUGGAUGACGAGCCAGAGUAUGUUCCUGAUCCAAAUGUCAUCCAACCUGAUGACUGGAAUGAAGAGGAAGAUGGAGAGUGGGAGAGCCCAUGGCUGGCAAACCCUAAAUGUGAGAAGGCUGGCUGUGGAAAGUGGAAACCUCCUCUCAUAGACAAUCCUGCUUACAAGGGCAAAUGCUCAGCACCACUGAUUGAUAACCCCAGCUACAAGGGUAUUUGGAAGCAAAGAAAAAUAGAAAAUCCAGAUUACUUUGAGGAUAAGGAACCUUUCAAGAUGACAUCCAUUGCUGCUGUUGGUUUGGAGCUCUGGUCCAUGACCCCAGAUAUACUGUUUGAUAAUUUUAUCAUCACCAAUGACAAAUAUGUUGCUGACAAAUGGGCUUCAGACAGCUGGGUGAAGAAAAAUGUCAAAGAAACCUUUGGAGGAGAGGUUAGACACCUGAUGCUUAUUCAUUUCCCUUUCAUGGUGGUGUUUAUAAAUCUUAAUUUUUAUUUCCUCAUAUUUUAAAGUAAUUUUUGUCACCUCAUGCAAACAAAAAGGAAGUAAUUUACUGUUGGCAUAAGGAGUGGUGAGAAAUCUCAAAGAGAAACAAGCCAUUAGACUUGUAUAUUUCAUAGGAUACUAUACUGUGUGUAAUAUUUAAUAUUAUUAUAUGGAGAAGAGUGUUUUACUGGGAACUAAACCACUCGUAG